AUGAAGCGAAUGAAUCCACGCUGGAAGUCGCCCCCCAUGUGGCCGUCGGGAGUGGGGAGCAGGCAGCCCUGCCCGCGGGAGUCGGCGCUGCGCAGGGCGGCCAUCAGCGGCAACAUCAACGCCCUGCCGCCGCACGGCGUCCCCUCCGGCCGCAGCGUCCGGGUCUUCAUCUGUUCCAACCCUGACGACACCGAGGCGGAGAGGAACGCGCUGAAAGAGCACGUCUACCCCAAACUACGAGACUUCUGCAGGGAGAACUAUGGGAUUGAGUUCCAGGUAGUGGACCUGUACUGGGGCGUGGACCCAGAGGAGUGGGACAGUCCAGAGCUGCAGCGACUCAGGAUGAAGCUGCUGGAGGAAUGUCUGAAGACCUCAGCGGGACCGUGUUUUGUUGGUCUGGUGGGAGAGAAGUACGGCAGCAUCCGAGUGCCGGGGGAGGUGGAGUCGGCGGAGUUUGAGAUGAUCUUGGAUGCAGCUGUGGAGGCGGGGCUGGACACACACAUCUUGGAAGAGUGGUACUGCAGGGAUGAAAACUCUGUGCCACCCGCAUACUACCUCAAACCCAAAGCCCAAAUGCUGAAGAACUACCAGAACUCAAUGGAGUCGAGCAGCGCAGCCAAGACCAAGAAUGACAAGGCCUGGAGGAACGUGUCGGAGGAGAUCAAGAGGAUCUUCCGGACGGCGGUGCUGCAGCUUCAGGAGAAGGGGACCAUGAAGAGCGCUCAGGCCAAGAAAUUCCUUUGCUCUGCCUUGGAGGAUGAAUUAGACUUCGCCCUUGGGAAACAAACUCCUGCCUUUCUCAGGAAAUGUGUCUGCUACAUUCGCAAGAUCUCCAACUUCGACCGCUUCGCCAAACUCCCCGAGAUGGCCCGAUACAUGGACAUCGUGGUCAGCGGCGAUCGCGUCAUGCGCAACCAGGAAGCCUACGAACGCCUUCUGAAGGUGCGGGACGAGUUCAUCCCUACGGUCGUCGCUGCCUCCAACCUCCGCGUCUACUCCUCAGUCACUCACUGCGACAUGAAGUUGGGCUACUCCCAAGAAGUGGAGAGCAACUACGUGGAGGGUCUGUGUAAACAGUUCUACGAGGACAUGGUGGACAUCAUCCAGGCCACGGUCCAGCAGAACUUUGACACGGAGACCGACCCGCUGUACGAUGAGAUCCUGCAGCACCUGUCCCUCUGCAAAAGCUACGCCGCGCUCUACGAGUUCAAGACAGAGUCCUUGGAUUACAUACAGGAGUAUCUUAUGCCGUCCAAGGGGAGCCGAAUGAGCCCUCUGGUGGUCUACGGAGGACCCUGCACUGGGAAGACGUUGCUGCUAUCUGAGGUGGCCAAACAGGCCUACACAUGGCUGCAGAAAGAGAUGGGCCCUGAAACCGACCCGGUGGUCAUUGUCCGUUUUAUUGGCUCCAGUCAGCUCUCCACAGACCUACGCACCCUCCUCCAGAGCAUUUGUGAACAGAUUGCACUAAACUACCGCUGCCUGAUUCACUUUUUGCCUAACAAGAUCCAGGAGAUGAGGGAGCUGCUGAUCAACCUUCUUGGGGAAUCUUCAUUCCACAGGCCCUUGGUCAUUGUCCUCGAUGCCCUGGAGCAGCUGUCAGAUGCUGAUGAAGUUCGCAAGCUGUGGUGGCUCCCCAUACACCUGCCUCGGACAGUCCGCAUUGUAGUCUCAACUUUACCCAAUAAACAUGGCAUCCUGCAGAAGCUUCGACACCUCAUACACGAUGAGGGGUAUUAUGUGGAAUUAAUCCAGAGGGACCGCAAGGUCUGCAGCCAAACAUUAAAACAGCAGUUGCUGGGGGUGAAGAGAAAAGUCACCUCAGGCCAACAGAUCUAUGUCAAUGAGGCCCUUGCCAAGUGUACGUUGCCAAUGUUCGUCAAUCUUAUCUACAGAGAAGUAGUUCAUUGGAGGUCUCAUAAAGAUGUGGACGAUAGGUCCCUGUGCUCCACAGUGCAUGAAAGCAUUGAACAGCUCUUCUACUCAGUUGAGAACAAGUUGGGACAAAGAUUUGUCUUCAGAGCAUUGGGGUAUAUUACCAUGGCCAAGGCUGGCCUAACUGAGGUUGAGCUAGAAGAUAUUCUGUCCCUUGAUAAUAUAGUUCUUGGUGACGUCAUUGUGGCAACUUACCUCAAAAACCCGUUGAGGAUCUCUUAUGAUUUGGUUGCAAGGCUCAAAGAGGAGCUGGAAGGUUAUCUGGUUGAACGUCAAGUACGUAACGUCACCUUGAUGGUUUGGGCCAACAGACACCUGCAUCUCAUUGCCCAGAAGCUGUACCUUAGCAAUGAGGAGGACGUACAUCAAAUGCACAGCCUGCUAGCUGAGUACUUCUUGGGGGCAUGGUCAGGAGGCAGGAAAAAGAUCUUCACUUACGAUAACAACCAUUUCACUUCCCUGAAUAUAUCUCACCACAAAAACCCUCACCAUCAGCAGUCCCAUGAAAAAGCCUGCUCAGACAAGUACUCAUAUGACAGGCAAACUCCUGAGCAGCCAUGGGUGUUCCAGUGCAACCUUUUGGAGCCUGACAUUUUCUUUGUCAACCACAGGAAGAUGACAGAGCUGGUGUACCACCUUACCAGAAGUGGGCGCACUGAUGACCUGAUGUUCGGCGUCAUCAUGAACUUCAGCUGGCUGUACACAAUGAUCAAGAUUGGCCAGUUUGAAAAGGCUUUAACAGACAUUGACCUAGCUUACAGCUACACCCAAGAAAAAGAACUGAAGUUCCUGGCCACCACUCUCCGUAGCAUUAAGGUGAAAGUGCUGAAGAACCCUGCAUCGCUGUCUGCAGAACUGCAGCAAAGGCUUCUGCCUGUUGUCACCUCCCUCCCCAAGCUCAGACACCUCCUCCUGGAGUGUGACAAAGAUGGCCCGAAAUACUGCUCUAUUGUGCCUCUCCACUCCUCUAUGGAUGUCACCUACAGUCCAGAGAGGCUUCCUUUGUGCUCUAGCUACAUGCAGAUUGUGGAGAUCUUGCCCACUCUAGCCCCAAACAUAGUCCUUGUAGCCCUGGAAGAUGGGUCUGUCAGCACCUGGGAUGUAGAAAGCAGACAGCUUCUAAGACAGAUUGACACAGCCAGAUCAGUUGUACUGGGAAUCAGGCUGACCACGGAUGAAAAGUAUCUGGUCGUGGCCACAACCAAAAACACGCUCCUCAUCUAUGAUAAUCACAAGUCCUGCCUUUUAUCUGAGGUUGAAAUCAAGGGGUCCAAGCAUGGUGGUGUCACUGGUGGGGUGGCUUUCAUCAAUGGAUUUACUUUGUCCACCCAUCAUGCUUUGGCUUGGCUUGAGGCCAGUAAAGACGUCAACGUUAUUGACCUACUCUAUGGUUGGCCUCUUUACCAGUUCCAUUGCUGGUAUGAGGUGACUUGUGUCCAGUGCUCUCCAGAUGGGAUGUAUGCCUUCUGUGGCCAGUACCUCAACACUGCAUCCAUCUUUCACCUGGGAAAUGGGGACAAGUUGGCCACCGUGACCUCAGACUUCUCUGGGGGAUUUGUAAAGUCCAUUCUAAUUCUGGACACCCUUAACCAAAUGGUGAUGAUUGACAAUGAAGGCAGUUUGUCAGUAUGGAACACCAAAGAGAUCACCAACCCACGGCUGAUGGAGGAUUAUGAUUGUAGAGGGGAUGAUAGUGAAGUGGUGAGCAUUGAGUUAUCUGAAGACCAGCGCUCCAUUCUUAUUUGCAAGGCCAGAAGUAUCGAGGUUCUGGACACAAAAGUAUGGAAAAUGGUAGAAAAGUUCAAAGCCAAACGUACCGAACGCUUUGUGGCUGCUGUUCUCUCCAAGAAUGGACAAAGCAUUGUGGCCUCCAUGGAGAACACCUCCUCCAUAUUUGUCUGGAGGAGGGACAGUGGACAGUGCAUGGCUAGCCUGAUAGAGAUCUCAGGGGCUAUUGUUAAACUCAUUAAAUCAGCCCACCACAACCUGCUCCUCUCUGUUGCCAGCAGUGGAGUGCUGUCUGUUUGGGACAUUGAUAUCAUCACCGCCAUGUCCAACAUUGACAAAACAGGGAAGAAGAUCCAGACAUUGCAGCUGUCCGGCAGAGAGGAUUAUGUGUUUACCAUGGACGGUUCAGAGGCUGUCCACAAGUGGAACUUCAGCACUGGCUUCAUUGAAACAGUCUUUAAGCACGAGGGCAUAGUGGAGAACUGUGUCCUAACCUCCUCAGGGGAUCUCAUGGUGACUUCAGAUGACAAGUCCAGUCAGUACAUCUGGCAAACCAACACCGGAGAAAACAUCUUCCGCAUCAAUGGACAGAAAAUAUCACAGCUGUUAAUCACCCACAACGACCAGUUUGUGGUGUCUCUCUGUGAGCAGAACGCCUCCAGAGUCUGGAGGCUCGCGACUGGGCACAAAGUGUGCAACAUUUUAGUCACUCUCCAGAAUGCACUGGUCACUACGGCAAACACUUUCCUUGUGGGAACCUCCAAAAACAAGCUCCUUGCUGUCAGCCUGUGGUCGGGCAGUGUGUCCAAGAAGUUUGUCUGUGAUGAUGGUAUUACCAUUGUCAACUUCAAGCUCAUUCCUGACUGCCCCGACUGUGUGGUGUUCAUCACAUCCACAGAGACCGUCUUCAUCUGGAGUGUAGCAGAUGAGUCGGUCUGCAGGCGAGUCCAGCUGCCCACCAACUUCCUCAAAAAUCUAGAGGACUUCCAGAUCUCACCCAAUGGGAAACUAGGAAUUGUCUCCAAAGGUGAUGAGAAUAUUAAUGUCCUGGAUCUCCACAGCGGGAAGCUGAGGCUUGUCCAUGCCGCGGGUAUAAUUUGGCGUCAGAAAUUAUCAAGAGAUGGACGUUAUCUAGUGUAUGUCUGUUUCCGGAACUGUGAUGAAGACGAUGAUGCCGGUGUUGUGUCCAAUCUCAUCGUGAUGCGCCUUGCUGAUGGUAAGAGCAUCGGCACAUGCUCCUUGUACAAGACACCCACCUUCCUGUCUCUCUCGCAGCGAGCACUGAAUAUUAUCAUUGGCUUCGAGGAUGGCAGCAUCGGCACGUACACAGUAGUGGAUCGUGUUGAUGCUGCCCUCAAGAUAAAGAUAGCCACCUCCAACAGCCGACAGAUUGUCAACAAUGCCUCGCAGAAGGUGCGGCCCAAGUGCGGCAACCAUUCCUUCAAGACCGUUGCCGACUGCAUUUGGAGGGAGUCAACUGAGGUCUUCUCCAGAGACAGCCCUAUCAACGUGUCUGACUCUGGUGAAGGUGAGUCGACCACGCCUACAAAAAAGACUGAACUGUUGCAGUGA